CUCCACUACAGCCCAAGCUUGUUAAAGGCGAGUGCUGACUGAAAAAUUCAAUUCUGAAAAACGUGAUUAGCGCAUAGGAAAUACGAUUGUGCUCAAAGUAGACAAAGAGAGCAUAAUCCUCAUCACCAUCACAUUCCCGACAAUCGAUCCACAUCCACAUCCCUACACACACAUACAUAGUCAAGAUGUCAGGAAGGGCAGCACACGUUGAAGAUAUUCAAGAUGAAGAAUUUAAUGCUCGUCUUAGAGCAAUAGAAGAUGAAGAUGAUUGGAAAAGUGAAGAUGAUGAAAAGUUUGGAUCAGAGACUGAUGAUUCAGAUGAAGAUGAUUCGGAUGAUGAAGUUAUGGAACGUGGCCUUACAAUUCCACAAGAAAGUGUUUGGGAACGUAUUUCUGCUUUAAGGGAUAUCAUUCCACCUUCCACACGCAGAUCAAUCACACAAAAAAUCAACACUUUUUCAGCUUAUGGCGGUGUUUCUCUUCUUUGGGGCGGUCGUGCCGUUUGGGUCCUUUCAACUACAAUGCUCUUAUGGGGAUUACCGUACAGUUUGGCUGUCGAAGAUGAAAUGCGAGUUAUGCAACAAGAACGUGAUAUGAACACUCAACAAAACGGUGCACAAUCUAUGCUCGGAGCACAACCUCCAGGAUUCCCUGCACAACAAGGACCAGAAGGUCAAAACCCUCAAGGUAUCCGUCCUCCUGGCUUCUGAUCGCUUGAGUUUAGUCCCAAGAAAAGAAGUCAAAUGCAACGUCUUGCACGUUCAGCUUGUGUAUCAUUAUUGUCUCUUCUCAUACAUUUACCAAAAUAAUUGGCACCACUUCUCUUGCAUAGAUUUAAUGGAACGAGUG